AUGCCUCUUCUGACGAACACUAGCAUAACUGGAAGCGAUGUGUUCUCGGAUGAGCAAUUUGGGCAACUUCACAAGAGGUUACUGGCUGCCAUGCAGGCUGCAUCAGUGAAGUGCGCGAACGCGGACAUCGAAGUGAUAAAGACAGACAUCAAGAAUAUAGCGGAUAUGAUGGACGAGAAUCACGAACGAGAUGGUCAUACUCAACAACGGUUUUCGGAGGUUGGAUAA